AUGGCGGUCCUUCCGCCAUGUAACUUUAUCGUGCUCCAUUAUGCCUACUUUAUCCUCACACCACUGGUCUGCAGUGCUAUUUUCUGGGGCUCUUCGACACCCGCGCGCAGUGUGGCUUAUGUCGACUCCCUGUUUAUGUGUGUCAGUGCGAUGACGGGUGCUGGGUUGAAUACUGUCGAUCUAUCUUCAUUGAAUUCCUUUCAGCAGUCCAUCUUGUUUGCACUUCUUAUGCUAGGGCAUGCCAUCCUUAUUUCCAUCACGGUUUUGUUUGUUCGGAACCGGGCUUUCCAUUCCAAAUUCAAAGGGAUUUCCAAGAAUCACGCGCCUCAAUGGCUAGCCAGACGCACAUCGGAACCAGAUCGUCCCUCGAAUCUUUGCAUUCAAGAAGCUCCAGUUUAUGUGGAAAAAAACGAAGACGGAUCAGCCACUAGUAAAGACGGAAACAAUGCAAAAGUCACUGCGCAGCCUGUGCUUGCAGGGGCGCCGUCUGACCAGGACAACGAUGACCGUAUUCGAUGGGCUGAUGAUGACCAACUUACGAUUGGCGCAAGGCAGUCUCAUCACAACCACCAUGCCCAUUGCGUGUUUCCGAUGGUCGGAGUCGGGGCUCGCCUGGAUCUAAACAAUCAUCCCAGAGAUGUUACGCCCAACCUGCCGCUUUAUGAAAAGGAGAAAUUCGGCGGACUAAAGGGUAUCCUCCGGGGAACACACAAAUAUUUUACUUCCAAGGGUUCCGUCUCGAGGAAUUCGUCGUUCCAUGGCCUUACUCCUGCUGAACGGGACAAGCUUGGAGGUGUUGAGUACAAAGCAGUUUCUUUCUUGUCGGUCAUCGUCCCGAUCUACUGGCUAAGUUUCUUGAUCCUCGGUAUUGUGGGUAUGGGCGGUUGGUUAGAAGCAAACCAUCCCGAGAUCUCACGCGCCAAUGGACUGUCGCCUUUCUGGACGGGUGCUUUCUUUGCUGUUUCUGCAUUCGUGAACAGCGGCAUGUCCCUUUUGGAUGCAAACAUGACAGCCUUACAGACGAACACAUAUCCGCUUGUGACCAUGGGUAUGCUGAUUCUUGCCGGAAACACCCUUUAUCCGUGUUUCUUACGGUUCAUUGUCUGGACUAUGAGGCGUUUGAUGCCAGAUCGGCCGUCAUGGAACUCGUGGAGGAUUACGCUAGAUUUCAUCCUGGACCAUCCUAGAAGAGUUUACACGAACUUGUUCCCUGCACGCCACACGUGGUAUCUGAUGGCGAGUAUCAUCAUUCUGAAUGGAAUUGAUUGGGCUUUUUUUGAGCUCCUAGCCAUCGGAAACCAGGAGAUUGAGAGCUUGCCAACGGGAUACCGUGUCUUGGACGGUCUAUUCCAGGCCCUAGCCGUACGAGCUGGAGGGUUCUAUGUGGUGACCAUCUCCGGCCUUCGUCAGGGAUUGCUCGUUCUAUACGUUUUCAUGAUGUAUGUUUCAGCAUUCCCGGUGCUGCUCACGAUGAGAAACACGAACGUCUAUGAAGAGCGUUCCUUGGGAAUUUACUCCCACGAUGAAUUAGUGGAAGAAACCAAUUCCAAGCCCCCGAAUUUCUUCGUCAGUCUCUUCAGACACCACAUCCUCGGUCGACAAGACCCCAACACCGCCGAAGGAUCCCGUAGCUACUUCGUCCACCAGCAGCUCCGCUCCCAACUGAGCCACGACAUCUGGUGGAUCGCCAUGGCAGUCCUAUUCAUCGCCAUCGCCGAAUCCCCGCACUUCCAAAAAGACCCGGUCGGCUACUCGACCUUCAACAUCAUCUUCGAAGUCGUUUCGGCAUAUGGCUGUGUGGGCGUUAGUGUUGGGUAUCCCGGCAAGAACUCGUCAUUCUGUGGCUCCUGGCACACGAUUAGCAAGUUGAUUCUGGCUGCUGUGACUUUGAGAGGACGGCAUAGGGGUCUUCCUGUUGCGAUUGAUCGGGCGGUUAUGUUGCCUAAUGAGUCGUUGGCUUAUGCGGAGGAGGAGGAUGCUGCGUUGAGGCGUGAGCAGACGCGUACUUAUGGGAUGGAUAAGAUGCCUAUGGGGGCGGUUUAA